CUGUGUUCUUGAACCCUCUUUCUUGUCACUACGCACCCAUAAUAACAGUAUUACAGCAUCUGUCACGACUCCCGCCGUCUUGGCAAUGGCUGACGCGCAGACUUACAGCACACUUGAGGUAGACACUCGUCAAACGGAGAACGGACUUGAGUUGCAUCAUACUGAGAGCCAGUAUCUUCAACGGACUUCGGACUUUCACCGGAAGCUGGACAAUCAUGACCACAGCCAAGCCAAUUCCCCUCAACAAGACGAACAUGACUCAACGGCCAAAGCUGGAAGGCGAACCACCAUCUGUGGUCUUUCACGGCGAGUGUUCAUCAUAAUACUUGUCGUGGGCCUGGUGAUGCUGAUAGGCGCCAUCGCUGGUGGUGUUGCUGGAGGCUUGCUUAGCCGCCGAGAUAACACCACGAAGGCUACCACACGCUGCAUUCUCAGUACGUCAAGACUAGCAGCGGCGAAUCGAACAAUUGACGAAAACUUUCAAAAGACUGUCUUUUUUCAAGAUGGUUCGGGCGCGCUAAUGGCGCGGUAUGUUUUGGCAUCGUCAACAGGUUCAACGGAGUGGACGACCACAAACCUUACGUCCUACUUCAAGUCCACGGUUGGCGAAAUUGAUCUUCCCAACGGUGCUCCAAUGGUAGCAAUGUCUUGCGCGGAUUGGAGUUGUGGCGACACCAGCCUUUUCUAUCUUGGCACCGACGGAAUUGUACACGACGUAAGGGAUGAUAGUGGGAAAGGUGGCGCAGCAUGGUAUUCUGAUCGUGGCGGGAUAGCGAAGGCCUCCCUCAGAGCUGACGAGGGCUCACAGCUUGCAGCAACAUUGCUUCAGCGAUUUCCCACCCAAAAUGAUCAACCGGUGCCUAACGGUACUAUACUAGUCAAUCGACUUGUUGCUUAUAAAGGCCAAGACAAGAGCCUUUAUGUCGCCAAUGAGAGUGUUUCUUGGGCUCCAAGCGAGCUGGAUCAAAUACCGAAUUUGACAACCAAUUUAAGCCUGGCAAUGAUUACACAGUUUGGAGGUGUUAUACUUGAUGAGAUUAGCUUGGUGGCUCAAGCCGUAGGUUCGAACACUGCCACGACUUCAGAUUUCAGCAUGGUUGAAGACAGAUGGGAAGGUCAGGGAUGGAACAGCCAAAGUAAAAAUGAAGCUAUUCUAGACGACAUUCUCAAGCCCCAAGGCUCAUCAUCAAUGGCGACGCCUCAAUUUGCUGUUACGAUGCGAAACAACUGGCUGGACAGCAUCUACUUGGCCCUCAACCCCGAUGGAACUAUAAUUGGCCGAGUAGUAGGACAGAGAAAUGAGACGAUGGACCAAAUCACGCUCGAAAAGUCCGGGGGAGAAGUGGCCAAGUUUUCGGCUAUUGCAACAACAAUGGAAGGACACCUCUAUGGAAUUGUCAACGAUACCAUACGGGAAUACUCCUUUGAUACUUCAGAUGCGUCUAUUCUACAUUUUGAUGGAGUCGUAUAUGAGUGUUUGACGAAAAAAAUCUCCUAGUCAUUCACUCUUAGCCACUGAGUUUACGUGUUCCAGUUUCGGGUGGGAGAUCAGCGCUACUGCAUAGGGGGUAGAUAUCUUUGGUUAGAAGUGAGAAAUGAUUUUGGCCGACCAGGCAUAUUUAUAAGGUAGUUCGUAGACCCUGAAGUAAGCUCUCUACUGGGAUCAAGUGUCAGGUGAAUGUUUUCAUGCAUGAGUUUCCGUUCAGUAC